GCAAGGGCGUGCGGAAGCGCCCCAGCCCUGCCUUGUGGUUUCGAGGCGCCGGCGAGCAGGAAGCGGCCUCGAAGCCACCGGCAGCGGGGAUUGAGCGGCCCGGAGGCUGCGCGGGAGCCUCGGGGUUCCUCGGUUGCCCCCCCGAGUCCCCGGUGGAGGGGUCCCCGGUGGAGGGGUCCCCGGUGAGGGGGUCCCCAUGGCGCUGGCGCUGAAGGCGCGGCACAAGGCGAGGCGCAAGGGCGGCUCCAGGGAGCGAGUGUUCGGCUGCGACCUCGCGGAGCACCUGCAGCGCUCGGGGCAGGACGUGCCACAGGUGCUGAGGAGCUGCACUGAGUUCGUGGAGCAGCACGGGGUGGUGGAUGGGAUCUACCGCCUCUCCGGAGUCUCUUCCAACAUCCAGCGGCUGCGGCAGGAGUUCGAUGCCGACCGCUGCCCGGACCUGGGGAAGGACGUGUUCCUGCAGGACAUCCACUGCGUCAGCUCGCUCUGCAAGGCGUACUUCCGCGAGCUUCCCAACCCGCUCCUCACCUACCAACUCUACGACAAGUUUGCCGACGCGGUGGCCCUCCAGAUGGAAGAAGCUCGCCUGGUGAAGAUCAAGGAGGUGUUGAAGGAGCUGCCACCACCCCACUAUAGGACCCUGGAGUUCCUGAUGCGGCACCUCCUGCGCAUGGCCUCCUACAGCAGCCGCACCAACAUGCACGCACGCAACUUGGCCAUCGUUUGGGCCCCCAACCUGCUGCGGUCGAAGGACAUCGAGGCGACGGGGUUCAACGGGACGGCAGCGUUCAUGGAGGUGCGAGUCCAGUCCAUCGUGGUGGAAUUCAUCCUCACUCACGUCGAGCAGCUCUUCGGAGACGCCCCCCUGCACGGUACGGAUGGAACGGACGCGGGGACGGCACGGGGAUCCCGAUGGGAUCCUGAUGCUCCAUCCCCGUGGUCUGCAGGCGGGGAGCCCUCCCGGCGGUCCCUGCUGCUGGGGGACCACAGGCAGCCACCACCAUACCACGUGCCGGCGGCGCUCAGCCAGGGCGAUGGACCCCCCGCCAUCCGCCCCUACCACACCAUCAUCGAGCUCAGCGACCACAGGAGGAAGGGGUCCCUCAAAGCCAAGAAGUGGAGAUCCAUCUUCAACCUGGGUCGCUCCAGCCAUGAGGCCAAGCGGAAGGUGCCCAAGGUGGAGGAGAAAGAUGACAAGGGUGGAAAGAUGAGCUUGCGGCCGGCCAAGAGCAUGGACUCGCUCAGCUCUGUCCCCUUCUCCAGUGAUGAGCCCCCGGGGCUGAGCCCGCAGCGGGUGGGGAAGCAGCCGCCACAGCGCCGCGAGAGCUUUGACGCCUGCUCUACGCCGCCAGAAUGCUGCUCCGUGCCGGACCAGGGCCUGGAGGAGAAGCUGAAGGCAACGGAGGAUGCGCGGAGCCCCGACUCGGAGGGCGAGAACAGCACCAAGUCGGAGCCCACCACCCCCAGGGCCGGCCGUGCCGCGCUGGUGGCCCCCGGCCGCUCACCCAAAGGCGCUCGCAGCCGCGCCGAGAAGUGCGCCGGCGUCCACAUCUCCGGCCCUUUCUCUGUCACCGUCCCCUUCCACAUCACCUCCAACCUCUCCCGCCUGACACGGGGGCAGCCGUGCCCGGCGCUGGCCGGGACCCGAGAGCCGACCACCCACCGCUCCACCGCAGACCCCGAGGAGAACCAGCACCGCGUUGGGGAGGAGAAGAUGGACAUGGAGGAGACGCGGCUCUCCCUGGAGCUACGGGAUUCUUUCGCCUUCCUGGACAGCCAGGAGCCAUGGCUGGAGGGCGUUGGGGAUGGCGAGCCGGACAUGCGGUCCCUGCUGCCCGUUCCCGGCGAUGCCGAAGGCUUCCUGGCCAUCGAGGAGGGCAUGGAGAGCGGGUUCAUGAACCCAGGGGAGCCCCUCACCGAGCAGCCGGCCAGCUACCUCUCCAUCGAGGAGUGCAUGGAUGAAGAGAUGUUCUUCAUGGCACCCAGCGGCUUCGACAUCGAGGACACUGCUGGGGACACCGAGGAACCUGCUGGCGACACUGACUCAGAUGAGAUGUUCCUCAGUGCCCACGAUGACCUCAGCCCACUGGCGGCGUCGCUGGAGCCCCUCAACGAGCUGCCAGGUGAGGGGACGGUUCCAGGGACAUCAGCCCCUCCUGACGCCAACAGCACCGCGGUGCCGCAGGACACAUCUCCAGUGCCGUGCUCCGAGAAGGAGGAUGCCACGGGUGAUGGGGACCAUCCCGGGGUCACCCAGCAGGAAGGGGGUGGAGGAGAGAGGGACACGGAUGGCGGCUCCAGUCCCACCAGAAUAGACUCCAGCGCCAACACCAGCCUGAGGGAUGAGGCUGGAGAAGAUGGCGGUCCUGCGGGUGCAGGGGUGGCUCCUGACGUGUUCGAGGAAGACGGUGAAGAGAACAGAGCUGAUUCCAGUCCCCCCACCCCAGAGGAGGCCGAGGAGGGCCAAGUCCAGCCUUUUCUGGGGUCCCCUCCAGCCUCCUUGGUGGAGGAGCCAGGGGAGCCUCUGGUCAUGGAGUCUGUCCUCAAGGCUGUCCCUGCGGUUGUCCCCAGCGUUGUCUCUGAAGCUGUCCCUGGGGCUGUCCCCAAGGCUGUCCCCGACGUUGGCCCCGGGUCUGUCCUCAAGGCUGUCCCCAAGGUUGGCCCUGAUGACGUCCCCGUGGUUGUCCCUAUGGUUGUCCCUGAUGCUGUCCCUGAGGUUGUCCCUGGGUCUAUCCCCAAGGUUGUCCCCGAGGUUGUCCCCGGGUCUAUCCCCGAGGUUGUCCCUGAGGUUGUCCCCAGGUCCAUCCCUGAGGUUGUCCCCGAGGUUGUCCCCAGGUCUAUCCCGGAGGUUGUCCCCGAGGUUGUACCCAAUGCUGUUCCCAGCUCUGUCUCUGGGUCUGUCACCGAGGUUGUCCCCGGGUCUGUCUCUGAGGUUGUCCCUGGCUCUGUCCCCGAGGUUGUCCCCCGGUCUAUCCCUGAGGUUGUCCCCGAGGUUGUCCUCCCGCUCUUCAUGGCCAGCAUGGGGUUGGGCAGUGCCACCACUGGCAACAGCCCCGCUUACCCCUCGCUGUCUGCCUCGGCGCCGGAUCUGCGCGGCGCUCCCUUCGAGGGAGCCGAUCCGGGGUGCCCUGAGCCUGCAGCCACGCUACGCCGUGACGGCAGCGCCCCGGUGCGCCUGGCCACCCGCACCGUCCGUGUGCAGCAGGCACGCUCGGUGCCCGUCGUGCCACCCAAGCCCCAAUUCGCCAGGAUUCCCCCAUCGCUGCACCCGUGGUCGCCUGCGGCCGCCGAGGAGAACACAACCGUGCCGCCCUUCAGCCCCACGGCGCAGGAUGGAGCCCUGGCCAUGGAGGGGAACGCGGCUGUGCCACGCCGGCAGCCCCUCAGCCCCACGGCGCAGGGUGGACGCCCGCCCCACGGCGUCGGGGCAAGGCGAGAGGGCAGCAGCGUCUUCUCCAACGCGGCGAUGGCUGUGAUGGGGGACGUGGCUGUGCCAGAGGGACCCUCCUCACCGGCCGCGGGUGCCGGCGCACGGCGAGCGAGCUGGCGCGAGGGCGUCAGCCUCUCCUUUGACGCGGCGGUGGCCAAGGCUGCCGAGCAGCACCUGGGCGAGGUGCCGGUGAGGAGGAUGAAGACGUACGGUGGGGAGGAACGGGCGCCCGCCGCCGCACGGGCGCUGCCGUUCCAGCAAGCCCCUCUGCGGCCACGGCGCCCGCGGCCCCUCAGCUGCGUGGGGGUCCCCGAGGGUGAGGCGGCGGCUCGGGGGUGGCUCGGAGGGGUCCGGUUGGCGGCUCAGGUUGAGGGGACGGCGAUGCCUUUGCCACGGCGGUCGGUGGGCACCGAGGGCAAGCGCUGAGCCCCGGGGAUGCCGGGUGGACAAAGGCGUGGGAUGCAGAGCUCAAGUGAGAGCGAAAAU